AUGAUGCUCAACAUCAAGUCAUUUCAUUCUUUUCGAAAUGCCAAUCGCCAAACGCGUCUCAUAUUGAAUGAGAUCCCUCAAUAUCGACAAGUCGUACAGCAUAGCUCCGAGGGCAUCAAGGCACUUGCUCGAACAGCUCUGAGUCGCCAUGUCACAUAUCAAGACCUCUAUCAUGCUCUUAUCAAUGGAGAGUGCACAUUGUGUGGAGAGUUCGGAGGCCUCCUCUUCUUCCUGACCUGCACUCGCUGCUGCUACCAUUGCCUUCGUGAAAAACUAGAGUUGGCUGUGGUGGAAGGCGAUGACAUUUACUGCCCCGGUAUACUUGGGGAUAUGUUCAACACAUUGGGCUAUCGCUAUCUGAACAUCCAAGACUGGGCUAACCCCACGAUGAUGCUGAACAAGACUUUAGGUAUACCGGCCGUUGACAUGUGCGAAGAGAUUCGGUGGCUUGACUCUAUCCAAGGCAAUCUCGGAACCGCUCUUCAUCGAGCAUGCAUCGUGUACCCUACUUUGAACCAAGAUGCAAUGAAGGUUGAGCGUGGAGUAAGCUGCAAGGGGUGUGAGAAAGCAUUCGUUGGGGAGCGUUUCGAGGCUGCUGGUCAGGGCUGGGUGAGAUCUGACAUUCCCUCGGAUUGUGUAGAUCGCGAUUUAUCUUUCUCUGCGGUUGGUUUCCAGAAGCAUUUCGAGUCCUGUGAGCAUGCUUAA